AUGCCCGGCGAUAAUUGUGCAGUUUUUAAUUGUGGAAGCAGCCGUAGAACGAAAGGUAUUGGAAUUUUCAAACUUCCAGCGGCAAAUAACGACGAAAAAAAGAAAUGGAGGGAACUUCUCCUGAACGAAAUAACGAAGAGCAGGGUACUGGACAAGGCCUUCAAAGAAAGAGUGAAAAAUGACAGAGUUUUUAUAUGUGAAAAACAUUUCCUACCAGAGCAAAUAGAAAUUUUUGAUUCAAAGAGGAAAGGGCUGAAGCCUGGGGCUCUACCAAGUAUCAAUAUGCCAAUAAAAAGCUUCCAGAAAGAGAAAAAAGAACGAAGGCACAUUCCUAUGGGGAGAGAUUUGUUACCGGAAGAGGAAUCCAAAAACAUGAUUUAUAAAUCUUUUGAUGAGUUAUGCCAGAGGGUGAAGGCACAAAGAUUUGAUGGAAUUUGGUCCCCUGAUAUCUCCUGUGAUAUGGCAAGAAUCAAGAAAUUUGAAUUUCCUUUCAUACUGCCCAAAUACGAAAUUAUAAUUGAUGCAAGCUUGGGUUUUUCUGUUUCAAUUUAUGGAUGGCUUCUGCCUGAUGACCAUCAUAUCUACAAAGUGAACAGAAGAUCAAUGCAAAAUAUAACUGUUUCCAACUUGUUGAAAAUGGUUGAGUCAUAUGAAAUUUGCUGUGGUAUGACAAACAAAGAAAUUUCCUCUAAAGUGGUCAAUCAUGUUGUACCAAUGCAAUUUGACCCACUUCUAAUGGAAGAUGAUGAGCAUUUUAGUUGUAAGGAGUAUACCAGAUCAAUCAACUGUGUUGUUCUGACUGAUACAGCUAAAUGUGAUAGCUGCAUAAAGGCAGACAAAUCUCUUGAAAGUUUUGCAGUCAGAAAAAAUCAACAGCUGACCACACCAGCCAAACUAAAAGCACCUAUUUCUGCAACAAACCCACACAGAGUUUUGCUAUCCCUUCGAGAGCAAAGAUUGAAAAGCGCACAAUUGGAAAAACAAAUUCAAGACAUGCAAGUUGAGCUUGAAAAGUCAUCGAUCCAGGUUGAUCAAAGUUUAGAAGGAGAUUUCCUUGAUAUUCUUGACACUUCAUCUGAGAAGAUGACACCUUUUCUGAAACUGUUUUGGGAGCAGCAAGUCAAAAUGAGAAAAACAUCCAAUUGUGGAGCAAGAUUUCACCCCAUGAUUAUCAAAUUCUGCUUGUCAAUGUCACAGAAAUCAGCAUCUUCAUAUGAUGAGCUAAGAAAUACAUUUGGGGAUGUCAUUAAACUACCAAGUAGAAGAACACUGCGGGAUUAUAAAAAUUGGAUACGUCCCACAACAGGUUUUGAUAAGAAAGUUGUGGAUGAGCUUAUCAGGCUUACUGAUCAUUAUUUUGAUAUCGAAAGGUUUGUUGUUGUGCUGAUUGAUGAAAUGAAAGUGAAAUCAAACCUUGUCUUUGAUAAACACACUGGGCAGCUUAUUGGAUUUGUUGAUCUUGGCUGUGAAGAACAUAACUUUGCCACACUCGAAAAGGCAGAUGAAUUGGCUACUCAUGCACUUGCAAUUAUAGUGAAAGGACUUUGCAAAGACUUGAACUUUUGCCUUGCCUAUUUUGCCACUUCAAGUGUCACAAGUGUGCAAUUAAUGCCAAUUUUUUGGGAAGCGGUGGGCAUAUUAGAAAUGAAAUGCAAUCUCUGGCUUGUGGCAAUCACUGCAGAUGGUGCAUCUUCCAACAGAUCAUUUUUUAAAUUGCACAAAGCUUUGGAUGGGGGCUCUAACAAAAAUAUCUGUUAUCGCACUGUGAAUUUGUAUGCCAGACACAGGUUUAUCUACUUUUUCAGUGAUGCCCCCCAUCUAAUCAAGACAGCAAGAAAUUGUCUUUUCCAUUCAGGCACUGGAAAGCAUUCACGAUUGAUGUGGAACAAUGGAUCCUAUUUACUAUGGGAACAUAUUUUCAAGCUUUUUUUUGAAGAUUUAGAUAGGGACAUCAAAUUAUUACCACGUCUGUCCUAUGACCAUAUAAAGUUGACCCCAUUCUCAAUCAUGAGAGUAAAUCUAGCAGCUCAAGUACUCAGCAAAACAACAAGUCUUGUUUUGAAGAAUUAUGGCUCAGAAAAUGCUGCUGGAACUGCACUCUAUUGCAAAAUGUUUGAUUCUUUCUUUGAUUGCUUCAAUGUUCGCAGUAAAAAGGAGCAUAUAAGAAAAAUCAAGCCCUUUCUUGCACCAUAUACAAGUAAUGAUGACCUGAGAUUUGAAUGGCUAGAAAAAGGCAUGCUUCAAUACCUGAAUUCAUGGAAAGAAAGCAUCGAAAAACGCCCUGGAGAAUUCUCUAAGGGUGAUAAGAAUAAGAUGUUUAUAUCUUGGCAGACCAUGGAGGGAAUUGAAAUGGAUGUUGCAGCUCUUCCAGAAUGCAUCAAAUUUCUCCUGUCUCAAGGAUUUGAAUAUGUUUUGACAGAAAAACUGUGUCAAGAUGCAGUAGAGGAAUACUUUGGAGGACAACGAAAGUUAGGAAGAAGAAGUGACAAUCCAGACAUUUAUACCUUUGGAUACAACAACAAUGCCUUGCGAAUUCAAAAAACAAUCUCUGUAACUGGCAACACAAGGGGUAAACAUGCUGGGAGAAGGCAACAGUGGAAUGAAGUUGAUGACACAAAACUACCAAAACGGAAGUAUGAAGCAAAAGACUCUGUAUAA